AUGGUGUUCAAGGCUCUACCAGACAUCGCCUUUGCCUCACAUCUAGAAUACCCCCCUCUGCACUCCCACCACCUUGACGAGCUUCUGCACGUGCUCACAAGCUUUGAUGCCACAGACGCCACACAGCGUGACUACACCACAAGCACCACAGCCACCGAUGCGACAGACACCGAUGCCACAGGCACCACAGAUGCUGCACAGCAGAGCACGCAGGAGCCAGCAGCCGCAGCUGCGCUUCCCUCUUCUGCUUCACUUCUCCAACGGCCCGGCAUGGCCGGCAACCACAGCAGCAACGGCACGCUCUCUCCUUCCUCCCCAUCCGCUACCGCCGCCUCUCCCUCCUCUUCCUCGUCCUCCACGGCUCACUCUUAUGCCACCACGCCAGUGCUCGCCCUGGGUGAUCUCAACGGGCUCUCACUCUCCGGUCUGCCCUUUGACAUGUUCUCCCCGCACCCACCCUUCCGCCUCUCCUGCACCGACCUAUGGCUGCCUCCUCCCCCCGUCGAGGGGUUUGUGACCGGAUUCAUUGACACCUUUCUAGGAGGGGACUAUGCUGCCGUGCAUUUAAGGAGAUCCGACUUCUCUCGGGUGUACCAUCACGCGCAUCAGACCAAGAGCCAUCCUGCAUUCCUGCCCAUCGUAGCGGUGGGCCGGUUCAUCAUGAGGCGUCUGGCCAAUCGCAAUGUGACAGCUGUCUACCUCGCCACUGACGCUAGCCAGUACGAGGUGGAGCUGCUGGAGCGCCUCCUCAUGGGUAUGGCGCCUGGCAGUCCGCUCAUUGUGGUGCGCCUGCCGGCCUUUGGCGCCACUUCCGAUGAAUACCAGCGCUUCCCGUGGGUCAAGACAUUCCACGAAGCCGAGAGGGAUAUGGAAGGUGGGACGAACACCAAUGGCAUCGCGAGAGCGCUUGCAGAGAAGCACAUCUGCGCAAGGGCGAAGCAUUUCAUCGGGACUCCUUACUCAUCCUAUUCCAAAGACAUUUUUCGCAUGCGAGAGGUGCAGAGCUUGGCAUCUUGUGCUGAUGCUUACAUUGAAGCAAUUUAG